AUGAGGGAGCCGGGAUCCCCGGGCAUUUUUUCCAGCAUGCCACAGAGAGACCGUUUUCUCCUUGCUUGCAUCCUGAAGUCUCUGAUUCUUUCAGUCGUCCUGAGCCCAGAGCUCCUGUCGCUGGGGACCAGCCUGCAGCUACAAGGCAAUGCCUACGAAGGGUUACUUGUUGCGAUUCAUCCGAGGGUAUCGGAAGAUCAGAACCUCGUUCCAAAGAUUAUGGAAAUGAUCACUGAAGCUUCCUCUUACUUGUUCAAUGCUACGAAACGAAGAGUAUAUUUUGGGAAUGUCAAAAUCUUAAUACCAGAUACAUGGAAAACUAAUAAUUACAGUCAAGCCAAAUGGGAGUCCUAUGAAAAGGCAAAUAUCAUCGUGGCUGAUUGGUACAGGAAACGCAGAGAUGAUCCAUACACCCUCCAGUAUAGAGGGUGUGGAGAAGAAGGGCAAUAUAUACAUUUCACCCCUGACUUCCUACUAGAUGAUAACUUGACGGCCAUCUAUGGAUCACGAGGCAGAGUUUUUGUCCAUGAAUGGGCCCACCUUCGCUGGGGUGUGUUUGAUGAAUAUAACAAUGAGAAACCUUUCUACACAGUGGGACACAAUCAGGUGAAAGUCACCAGGUGCUCAUCAGACCUCACGGGUAUUUUUGUAUGUGAAAAAAACACCUGCACCCAAGAAAACUGCAUUAUUCACAAUCUUUUCAAAGAAGGAUGCAUGUUUAUACACAAUAACACACAAAAUGCUACCACAUCGAUAAUGUACAUGCAAAGCCUAUCCUCUGUGGUUGAAUUCUGUAAUGCCAGCACUCACAACCAAGAAGCUCCAAACCUUCAGAACCAGAUGUGCAGCCUGAGAAGCACGUGGGAUGUAAUCAUGGACUCUGCUGACUUUAGAAAGAGCCUCCCCCUGAAUGCAGCCGCCCUUCCACCUCCACCCACAUUCCUUCUCCAGACUGGGGACAGAGUCUUCUGCUUAGUUCUGGAUGUUUCUGGCAAGAUGGCUGAGGCUGAGAGGCUCCUCCGACUGCGCCAAGCGGCUGAAUUCUACCUGCUGCAGGUGGCUGAAACGCACACGUAUGUUGGCAUCGUAAGCUUCAGCAACAAAGGAUCUGUCAGGGCUCUGCCGCGCCAGAUAAGGAAUCACAAAGACCGAACUCAGCUGUCGUCAGCUCUUCCUACCACUGUGGUAGCGAAUACAGGGGCCAAUAUCUGUUCAGGCCUUCAGACGGGCCUUCAGGUGAUUGAAAGUCUGCGUGGAAAUGCAUAUGGCUCUGUAAUAAUAUUAGCAACCAGUGGAGGAGAUGGAGAUAUGAGCAAUUGUUUGUCUACUAUGGUCAAUAGUGGUUCAAUUAUUCAUACCAUUGUCCUGGGCCCAUCUGUAGCUGAAAAUCUUGAAGAAUUACCCACACUGACGGGAGGGUCGAAAUUCUUUGCCUCGGACACAGCAAGUUCCAACGGCCUUAUUGAUGCUUUUAGUAGAAUUUCAUCAGGUACUGGAGACGUCUUUCGUCAAGCUGUCCAGCUUGACAGCACUGGGGAGACUGUUGACGUUGGUCAGCACUUUAGGAGGAUGGUGACUGUUGAUGGAGGCCUGGGAAAUGACACUGUCUUUUUAGUCACUUGGCAGGCCAGUGGGCCUCCCGCCAUGGUCCUCCAGGACCCUAGUGGGAAAAAAUACUUCACCGAUGAUUUUAAUACCAGCCUAGGGUUGAAGUUUUCUUAUCUUCGGGUUCCUGAGAGAGCCAAGCCUGGUUACUGGACUUGGCUGCUCAAUAACACGCACAGCUCUCCUCAAGCCCUCAGAGUGGCAGUGAGCUCUCGGGCCUCAGAUGAUGCCGUGCCGCCAGUCACUGUGACAGCCCAUGUGGAUAAAGAUGGAACCCAUUUCCCACACCCUGUGAUCAUUUACGCAGAUGUGAAACAAGGGUUUUAUCCCAUUCUCGAGGCCAAUGUGACUGCUGUAAUUGAGCCAGACAGGGGAGAGCCAAUCAGAUUGGAACUGUUCGAUGAUGGGGCAGGUGCUGAUAUUAUUAAAAAUGAUGGCAUCUACUCGCGGUAUUUUUUUUCCUUUACUGUAAAUGGUAGAUAUAGCUGGAAAGUCUAUGUCCAUCAAGAGAGCUCCAUUAGGAGACUGCCCAGCUCUGUUCCAGGGAGCCGUGCAAUGUAUGUUCCAGGUUACAUAGUGAAUGGUAACAUUCAGAUGAAUCCUCCAAAGAAGUCCACAGGUGAUAGUGACAUUCAAAUGCAGAAGGGGGGCUUCAACAGGACAAGCUCAGGAGGCUCCUUUUCAGUCCUGGGCAUCCCAGCAACUCCCCAUAUGGAUGUGUUCCCACCCUGUAGAAUCAUUAACCUAGAAGCCAUAAGAAAAGGAGAAGAGAUUCUUUUAUCUUGGACAGCUCCUGGAGACGACUUUGAUCAAGGCCAGGCUGCAAGUUAUGAAAUAAGAAUAAGUAAAAGUCUCCAGCAAAUAAGAAACGACUUCAGCAGCACCAUUUUGGUCAACAUCUCUAAGCUGAUCCCUCAACGGGCUGGCUCCAGAGAGACAUUUGUCUUUACCCCAGAGCUCUUGACAAAAGAGCAGCAGCAGCUGCUGGACGGAGAGACGGAAGAAGGCACCAGCAUCUACGUAGCCAUUCGAGCUGCGGAUGAUGCCUCCCUGCAGGGGCAGGUGUCCAACAUAGUACAAGCAGCCCUGUUUGUCCCCCGAAAUGCUUCUUCUAUUACUACUCGAGAAUUUCUUAUCCUAAGAGGGGUUUUAACAGCUGUGGGAUUGAUAGUCACUGUUUGUCUUGUGAUAGUCUUGGCACAUUGUACCUUGAGCAGGAAGAAGAAACAGAGGAAGAAGGACAAUAGGACAAAACUACUGUAAAUAAAGAUGAUUGUAGGAUGACAGCUUCACUUCCGGUUCUGGCGGUGUGGGGAGCCGGGCCGAUAUGGAGGAAGAUGCCGCUGGCCGGAGAGCUGAAGCUAGGGCAGGAACAACAGCCUAGG